UUUCUCUUUUGGAGUUCUCGUUGGAUCUUUGUUAUUCUCAAAUUCCUUUCUUCUCAUAGAUCUUUAAUUAGUUUUCUCCGUCUUCUCAUCCUCAUCCUUCACACACUCUCUCUCCUUCCCUUUUCCUCUUUCUUCUUUCUUCUUUUGUUCAUUCAUUCUUUUCUCCUCCAACCCUUGCCUUUUUACAUAUACGCACAAUUACCUGCUCUAUCUAUCUAUCUUUCUGUCUAUCUGUCUAUCUCUUAAUAUUCCUUCUUUUUUCUUCUGAACCAUGCAUUCCCUUGCUGACUGUCCACUUCGCACUUAUGCCUAUAUCACUACCACAAACACAUACCCACACCAAAUCCUCGCUCUCGAUCAUGCUGCACUCAAUCUUUUUUCCAAUUUCUGCAACAACAACAACGACAACAACAACAAUAGCAACUGUUCCUCUGAUGAAGAUUCAUUGACUCAACACCAACAGCAGCAUGCCCGCAUUAUGGACUAUCUACAUGGCAAAGAUAUCUCCCAUGUUCUCUUGCCUGAUCAAAAUUCAAAUCUCUCCACAGCAUAUGGCAAUGAACUUGACUCACACACUCUCCAUUCCUUCAUCGUCGCUGAAAAUAUCCUUCAUGAAUGCAGUAACAUUAUCAGCAACAAAGGUAGUAACAGUAAUAGGAGAACUAGCUCAAGCUUGAGUUGCGCCCGACCUCAAAGGCGACUACAUGGAUGUAUUCAUUCUGUUAGCAGAACGACAUUAUCAUCAGAGAUCUCUCAUGUAAUCAAAGAUCAGAGUCAUAGACCCAGUUCAAGUCAAGAUCAAAAUGAUCACAAUCAGGUUAAACACAAACAACAAAAACAACACGACAUUCCAUACCGCAUUUUCGUGUUGAAGGACGUGACACAGAUCUAUGACCUCGCACUAGCAGCACAGGAGAAUGUCUUGCAACAACAGUAUCAAUUGCGACGAUCCUCCCGAUUCAUGCGACCAUUGUCCACACCCGUAUGUACAUUCACAUCAUCAUUAUCAUCAUCUUCGUCAUCUCCGUCGGCGAUAUCAGAAGCAGGAACACCAUCUUCCACUUUAGCGUCUUUUGGCUCAUUAGCACCAUUGUCUCUUGUAUCCGAUGAUACUUUUGCAAUCAACACAAACGUGACCUAUCAAAAACUCUAUUUAAAGGACAGAACUCAUGAUUGGUCUGAAACCCUGCAUGUCAAUGUUCACCCCACGCGCUCAUCUUCGUCAUCAUCCUCCGCUUCGUCCUCCUCCUUUUCCUCCACAUCCUCCUCUACUUCCACUUCCACUUCCACAUCUUUAUCUUCUGUUCAAUCCUAUUGCUCUUCCUCUUCUCCUUCUUCUUCUUCUUCGUGCUCACUCUCAUCAACUCCAACAUCUGCAUCAUAUACUGAUUCAACCAUGCCAUUUGAGCAUCAAAAAGCUCACCACCAAACACAACAAGAUGCAGGGUUGCUUAUGUUACAUGUUACUCGAUUUGGUACGGUUGAUCAUGCUUUUGUCAUACAUCAGCACCAAACACAACCACAACACCAACAGCAGCAGCAACAACAACAGCACAGCAUCACUUAUUCUCAUCCACCACUUUCCCACGAUAAUGUUCUUUCUGCCAGCGCUUUGAAAGCUCCCACCAACACCUCUAUCUUGUCUUGUGUUCACCCAGAUGAUCUGCGUGCUCUCUGUCAGGGUCUUGACCGACUUUGUAAAUCAUCAUCCUCCUCCUCAUUGGGCACAGCCCCAUUCACAACAACAUUUAGGGUUCGCUGGCGAGCUUCAGACAGCUAUAGCAAUAGCAUUAAGGCUAGCGUGGGAGAAAAACAAGCAGUAGUCUCUCGAGGAGGGCGACAAGAGAUUGAGGAGGGAAAGAAGGAUGAGAGCGUAUUGUUACCCCUGAGUGGUCAGGAUAAAAAUGGAUUUUCGCGUGUCAUUGAGUUCCAAGGAGAGCUAUAUCAAGAAUGGGUCGAUCCAACCACCUCUGCACCCGAUCCAGCAAGGGCAACCAAGAUCUGGGUCCGUCAACCAAACAAAGACGAAUUUGACUAUAUUUGGGUAGAGAUACAGGGUACUCACUCCAAGGGACAGCCCAUGCUUGUGGUCAGACCAUUGAUGAUGGGAGAAAUCCAAGAGAUGCGCAUGAGCGCUUUGUCCAUGAUGUCCACAUAUGGCACCAUCAACCAGAAACCUUACGUUUCAUCUUCUUCAACCCUUCUUUCUAAAUCUGCUACCUCUUCAUCUCCACCUUCAUCUUCCUCCACUAAUUCUACUACCUACAAGGCCAUUGAGAAGGACAGUAAAGAAUGGAGAAAGAACCAAUUCAAGCGGUUGGGACAAGAAGAAACUCUGCGACUUCCAAAGCAGUUGAAUGCUACUUCCCUGACGAACUUGAAGAUGACUACUACCGCCAUUGGCUCUUCUUCAACCUCCUCUGCUGUUACUUCUACUUCAAAGCAGAACAAUACUAGGAAAUUGGGCCACAAGCCAGGCUCUCUUUCAUUCAGUAAACUACCCUCCAGCACUGCCUUCACCACCCUAUUGACCACCUCGCCUUGUCAGCAACAUCCUUCAUAUUCAAACUCAUAUUUCCAUGAACCAGACCCAUCCUCAUCUAAUAAUAACACUGCCAUCAAUAAGAUUGAUAAAAACAACAACAUCAAUGCCAUCGAUGAAUGUGGCGGUGAAGUGAUGGCAGCGAACGUCUCAACGAUGCUUGCUUAUUCAAGCGGCUCAUCGACCCCUUGGUCCAUCUUCAUGUCCAUCGCGUUGGACGCAUGGAAGCAAUGGAUCCAGACUGUCGAUGCAGGUCAGAGUCAUUUCCAAGCCUGGUGGGAAUACAUUGUUGAUCUGACGAUUGAUCAGUUGAUCGACGGUGUAUCUUUUGGAUUGGUUCUUUUGGGGGUGGAUGGAGAACAACAACUUCAGCCUCAACAAUUUUAUGAAGAGCAAGAUCGACAGUUGCACCAAAAAUAUUUGGCAAAGAAGCAGUUGCUUGUCCAACAUCAAGGACAAGAACAACAACAACAACAACAACAACAACAACAACAACAACAACAGCAGCAGCAGCAGCAGCAGCAGCACCGACUUGAGGAAAUGUUGUCAAAACGCCAACAGCGAAAACUUGCUGCUAUCCAUCGCAUGAGCCAGAUGUUACAUCAAUACCCAAAUAUUGAAGGAGCUGUCCACACUUUGGGUAACAGCUGGUUGGGUCGAAAAAUCAGAAACCGUCUGGAGCAUAAAUUGGACAUGGCUGCAGACCAAGUUGUAAGCUGGUGGUAUAAUAGUGAAGUACCAACAACAGCAACAAUCACUGUCUUGGCAACGGAGGAAGAGAUAGCUUUGGAAGCAGCAGUAGUAACUGUAACAUCAGAACCUCUUGAACUGAGAUCGUAACUCUCAACAAUAACACACACCCUGCCCUUUCCAACCACUACAGCUACAGUCUAUAGAGUAUUUAUUUUGUAUUUUUGUUGUUUUUUUUUUCGUUUUCGUUUUCGUUUUCGUUUUCGUUUCCGUUUCCGUUUCCGUUUCCGUUUUCG